AAGCGACUAACGCCACCAACAAUAAGUUGAAAAUGGAAGAAUGGGUUAGAAUAACGACAUCAUUCAACGCCAGUUUUGGGACUUGUCGCCGUACACCGCAACAACUCCGGUUAAAGUGGGAGAAUUUGAAAAAAAACUCACGCAAACGCAAUACUCAGAUACGGAUGAAUCGCAUAAAGACUGGAGGUGGAGCGCCACCUUACAUACCACCAGAUGAAAUACUGGACAGAGUCGCCUCACUGUUAGGCAGUACAGUGGAUGGCUUUACAGUGGAGUUUGGUGGCGACUCAGAACAAGUGGUAGAUUAUGGUGAUGGUGACUGCAGUGAUGGUGCAAUUAUUAAUGAAGUA